GGUGUGCCUACGAUUAUGAUCAGUGACUAUCUGCUUGUCGCUCAGCAAAAUGCGAGUCAAUCGAGGAAGCAGUUUUUCUUAGACGUCCACCGAGUAGCGACGCGAUUUCUUCAUUUUCCUUAACAAUUUCGAAAAUAAUUAUUAAAAAUAAAUAGAGAUAGAAAUAAAUGAUAAGAAUAUAAAUUCCACAAAAAAAGAAGAAUUGUCGUAACGACUUGUGAAUCGAGUCGGUAAUACAUUUUGGCAAGGUAUCAAAAUUCAAAAGAGACAAUUAUAGCAGUGUUUGAACCUCGCAUCUAGAGUCAAGAGUAAAGCAUUACACACCGUGUCUACAAUUAUUAUCGUUUUAGUUUGACUCCACGUGGUAUAAGUUUUACUUAAAAAUCAAGUGAAUUUCGGAUAUGGUAUCUGGCAAAUGGAAAGAUGGAAACGGUCCCUGGGUAAUUGCUGAUCGUGGAAGGCUCGAUGAACCAGCUGAUUACGAGAAGGCAAUUUCCGCAACCGGUUAUGGAAUCUUCAACAUUUUGCUGCUAUUGGCUGUUUUGCCGGCUGGAUGGUCGGCUGUUUUUGACACAACAAGUCCAGCCUUCAUUUUACCUGCAGUCGAGUGCCUUUUUGAACUCACCCUUUUUCGUAAGGGUGUCUUCGUAUCGAUUGUAUACGUAGGAAUAAUAGUAGCAGGAGUCCUAUGGGACUUUCUUCUUCAGGACUCAAUGACAAAUCAUUUUGGAAAGCGAAAUUUGCUUCUGCUAGGAUUAUUGUUGGACUCAGUUUGUAACGUUGGGAGCGCUUUCGUUGACUCCUAUUACGUUUUUCUGCUACUGAAGUUUAUCAGUGGUCUGAUAGUUGGUGGUCCACAUACACUUUUGAUACCAUAUUUAACUGAAUUCCAUUCUACAAAAUAUCAAGCCCAGUUUACCAAAUGGGCAGGACUAGCAUUCGCUUUUUCAUACAUCAUCCCAGCAGCACUAGCAUUCAACGUCUUGCCAUACGACUCGCCAUUUUCAUUCAGAAUUUUCAAUCAAGUUUUCGUCACAUGGCAAGUUUAUCUGUUAAUUUGCUCAAUUCCAUCAGUUUUGGGUCUCAUAAUAUUGUGCUUUACACCAGAAAGCCCAAAAGUGAUGAUGGCUGAUGGUCGUCUCCAAGAAGCUUUAACUUCCUUCAAGAGAAUUUACUCCAUGAAUAAACUGAGAUCUCGUAACUCAUACCCGGUCAAAGAAUUGCAGCUGAAGCAAGGACAAGGAAUUCAAAAAAGAGAAUACAACUCUGGUAGUAAGGAAAAAAUACAAGAUGGAUGGUCCAAAAUCAAAACACUUUUCACAACGCCUUAUUUAUUACCGAUGUCUAUCAUUAUUUUUCUUCAGUUCGGAAGCAUGUUUGGGUUAAACACGAUGAGAUUGUGGGUGCCGCAGCUUUUCAUCAUGCUGAACAAUUUUGGCAGGAAAUUUCGUUCUGUAUAUCCAUCAAACAAGACACUUACCAUGUGCGAAAUGCUGGUCCCAUCUAAAUUGCAAAUUCCCAAUUUUAGUCAAAAUUACAGUAUACAUGCGGAUACUUGCAUCCCGUCACACAUAGAGGCUGCAGUGUACAUCAAUUCCACAAUUAUUGCAUCCUCCACAGUCGGGUUUGCCUUCCUCGUUGGAUUUAUAAUCACCACUCAAACGAGGAAAGAUUCUUUAUUGCUCCUGAUGUUUAUAAUAUCCAUAACAUGCAGCUUUGGAGUAAAUUGGGCUCAAGUAGUGCCAUAUAUGUUGGUAUUAUCAGCUACCAUAGUCGUCACGAUGAGAAUUGCUGGUAACAUUAUCAUCGCAGUAAAUGCGGAAGUCAUUCCAGCAUCAUUGAGAUCCACCGCAGUCAGCAUUGUCAAUCUGUUCGGGAAUUUCGCGGUUGUGGUUGGCAAUUUUGCAUUUUCGAGCAUCCUCAAUGCAGAAUGCGUCGCUGCAUUCAUGUGCAUGGGAUGCUUGCUCUUUGUUUGCGCCAUUUUAGUAUUCUUUCUACCGAGGCCUUUGCCAACUGGCAGUCCAUCCAAUCGUGAAGUAGGAAAGUACUAAACCAGAAAAAGAAUAGUAAGCUGGUUUUACUUUUUUUACAAUAAAGCAGACAAUUUAUUUUUGAGAAAAAAAUCAAUGUGAUUUUGAUAUAAAUGUGAAAACCACUUAUAUAAGUAUACUUAUUUAAGUAUCAAUUCGAUCGUAAAUAAAAGAGUUGUAUUAUAAGGAUUCAAAUUCAAGUUUAAACGCAAAUAUUUUGUUUAAAAAAAGAGUUUUUCUAUACAAACGGAUUUAUAUUAAAUGUAUGCCUCUUCGAAAAGAGACACUAUAUAGUAUGAAAAACGGUUCUGUCUGAUUGAGACAUCGAUGAAAAGUAAUUGGGAACUUCAUAAAUUCGUUUAAAAUCCGCGAGUGGCUGCUAUGUAUCACUCGUUGUGGAAAGAGCUCAGAUAUAAUUUGGUGGCUGUGAAUAAAUUCGUGUUUCAUGCUAGGAACGAUGGGCACUGAAACGAUAUAAAAUUGUUUAUCGAAAAAUUGCACUGUUUACGAAAAGAGGUAUUGAAUUGUGACACGUUACGAAAAAAAUAUUCCUACAUUCCGUACGAGUGGAAAUUUAUUAAAUUCAGGAAUUUUAUCUGUUAAGGCGUUUUUAAUGUCAAUUGAAGUUUGAAAAGAGUUUAUAAUAAAACACUGUUGUCUUUUUAUAUUUUUCUUUUUUUUAUUUGUUCAGAAAGAUUUUUUUUCCUCUGCGUUUAAAAUUGAAAGCAGAUAAAUGAUUGCAAAAAUAG